CGGAAAGAAUCAAAUUAAGAAGAUGAUGAAGGGAGUAGGAGGUCCGCUUCUGUGUAUCGGCGAUCUGCUGAAUGACGUCGGAGAAGGCGCCGAUGAUUCACCUUUCUCUCCUUCUUCUUCCUCUUCCUCUUCUUCUCCAACUCUCUCUGCCGACACUCUCAAUCUACAUCCCUCUCACCUAUCCACACUCUUUCAGGAGAAUUACAAUAAGCUGAAUGAGGUGUUUGCUGGUACCGAUCAUUCUUGGACAGCUUCCACUCUCAAGCUGUGCGUGGCUUUAGAAAGUGCAAACAAAUUGGUGCAAUUAACAGACACACAUGCAGAAGUAGUGGCAGAGAAGAUUGAAGAGCUGGAGAAAGUUGUGAAGAGAAGUGAUUCUACCAUAGCAUCAGCCAAAUCUAUCCACACCUCCCUUAACCAAAAGGGGGAAGAAUGAUUGUCCAAAGUAUGUCAUUUUCUUUCUUUCUUUCUUUUCAAUUAGGGUUUAUUCCCCCCCCCGGAGGAGGAGGAGUACGAUCUCCCAUUUAAAUCAGAACGUUUUGAGACUUGCUAGUCUGUCAUCUUUAUUUAAUCUAAAGUUAGUUAGGGAUUAAUUUGCUAGUACAUGAAGCAUUAUCGAAACUUUAGGAGAAACUUGAGAAUUGAUUGAUACAAGUUAACAUACAAGAUUACCUAUUAUUUAGACUUGAAGUUGUAGUAGUGUCUUCUAUACCAAUUGUUUUUAU